AUGGAUUCCAAGCACAAGUCCUCGCGCAUCAAGGACCUGGUCCAGGUGAGUCUGGCGCACGGCCCCCACAGCAGUCUCAGGCCGGACAAUUCACCCGGAGACGGCCCCACUCUCCCCCGGCCCUCCCCUCCCCCCUUCCGGGUUCCCUCCGUCCACACGCUGACCGUGUCUCCUCAGUUCCUCGCUUCCACGCAGGGUGACCUCUCCAACAUUACAGCGCCUCCCAUGUUCCUCGCGCCGACGUCUGUUGUUGAAGUCGGCCGCUGCUGGGCCGAGCAUCCAGCCAUCUUUGCAGCGCCAGCCCUGGAGCCUGACCCAGCGCGGCGCGCCCUUCUCGUGCUGACGCACAUGCUGUCGUCGCUGCGGUCGCAGCUCUACAUCGCCGGAUCCCCGACCGUGUCCAUCAAGAAGCCCCUCAACGCCUUUCUCGGCGAGCUCUUCCUCGCGUCCUUCGUCGACGCGCCGGCCAAGGCGACGACGACGCUCGUCUCGGAGCAGGUCUCGCACCACCCGCCCAUCACAGCCAUGCACGUCUCGGACACGGCCAACGGCAUCCGCGCCGACGGCUACGCGCGCGUCGAAAUGUCCUUCUCCGGCACCGUCGACAUCCGCCAGGUCGGCCACGCCGUGCUGCACAUUGACCGCUACGCCGAGGACUACCUCAUCCCGCUGCCGGCCGUGCAGGUGCGCGGCUUCCUCGGCGGCCGCCUCUACCCGGAGAUCACGGGCGUCUACACCAUCCCGUCGUCGGGCGCCUACGUGUCGGAGAUUCGCUUCUCGGGCGCCGGCCUCUGCUGGGGCGGGCGCAAAAACGGCUUCACGGCUGUCGUCUUCCGCCGCGACGAUCCGCGCCGCGCCCCCAUCUACAGCCUCGAGGGCGUGUGUUCCGACGCGUGA